CUUUUAUUUCAUGCACUAGACAGCUCUAUUUCUUUUUGCUUGAAUCAUUGUUAAGUAGAAGUUUACCUGGAGUGUUGUUAUUUAUUUCCAAAGGUGCUCUAAUCUCACCGAAAGCGUCCAAAAUUCUAGUAGCCAUCCAACUCGGAAGUUGUAAAACAGUCGACAAAGGCACCAGCAACGGACCGGCAACAAGCGUGACUGGAUUUUGGCCUGCAUUAGGUUUUCGAGAUGGAAAUGAUACAAAGUAAACAAAUUGAUCUGACAUUGACCUUACGCCAAAGUUAGGAUUCCGACUUCUUGAGCUACAUAAUUUUUAUUAAAUUUUAUAUAUUUAGGUCCAACUGGCCGGUCCGGUUUCAAUUAUAAAGAGAAAAGUCAUGGGACCGUGGAUUGGCAUUGCCGUGUCCUACCUUUCUUUCUUGCAAUAUCGUUCGUAUUGUCAUGUGCCUCAUAAAAUUCUAAAUCUCCUCCUCGUGGUCGUAAUCGUCGGCUUCUUCUUCGUCGUCGUUUCAAAGCCAGCCAAAUUCUCAAACCAAUAUAAAUACCAAUAAAUUAGAAAUAAAAUAUUAUAAACUGAAUCAAGAGGACUGCCGGAGCUCGCAUCAGUGGACUUAUCAACAACAAUGGAAUUAGCUGCAUUAAACUUAGUUAAUGCCACUUUAAAUUGGAUCACUUUUGCUUUGGAUGCCCCUUCUGCACGAGCUGUGGUGUUUGGAGUUCACAUAGGCGGGCAUUUAUUUGUGGAAGUUCUUCUUUUGGUGGUCAUUCUCUUUCUGCUUUCCCAGAAAAGUUACAAGCCUCCUAAGCGGCCAUUGACAAAGAAGGAAAUAGAUGAGCUCUGUGAUGAAUGGGUCCCAGAAUCCCUUAUUCCUCCUAUCACGCAAGAGAUGCUGGGUGAACCCCCAGUGUUGGAAAGUGCUGCAGGGCCCCAUACUAUAAUCGAUGGGAAAGAAGUUGUGAACUUUGCUUCUGCUAAUUAUCUUGGAUUUGUAGGGCAUGAUAAAUUACUUGAAUCAUGUACUUCUGCAUUGGAGAAAUAUGGUGUUGGUUCUUGUGGUCCUCGUGGAUUCUAUGGCACCAUUGAUGUCCAUCUUGAUUGUGAGGCCAGAAUAGCAAAGUUUUUGGGAACACAUGAUUCUAUCCUCUAUUCUUAUGGGCUUUCCACCUUGUUCAGUGCAAUCCCAUGUUUUUGUAAAAAGGGUGACAUAAUUGUUGUGGAUGAGGGAGUCCAUUGGGGAAUACAAAAUGGCCUCUACCUUUCCAGAAGCACCAUUGUUUAUUUCAAGCACAAUGAUAUGGAAUCUCUAGAAAAAACUCUUGAGAAAAUUACAGCACAGAACAAGCGGGCUAAGAAAUUACGGCGCUACAUUGUGGUUGAAUCUGUGUAUCAGAAUUCAGGUCAAAUAGCUCCUUUGGACAAGAUCAUCAGGUUGAAAGAGAAGUAUCGCUUCCGUGUCUUAUUGGAUGAGACCAACUCAUUUGGUGUACUUGGCCGUACUGGAAGGGGUCUGACUGAAUACUGCGGGGUUCCGAUAGAGAAGAUAGACAUUGUCACUGCUGCCAUGGGACAUGCAUUGGCAACAGAAGGAGGAUUCUGCACUGGAAGUGCUCGAGUCAUUGAUCAUCAACGGUUGAGCAGUUCUGGCUACGUCUUCUCUGCAUCUUUACCCCCAUAUUUGGCUAGUGCUGCAAUUACUGCUAUUGACAUCCUAGAGCAAAAUCCUGAUCUGACAUCAAAGCUGAAGGAAAACAUUGCCAUUUUAUGGAAAGGACUCUCCGAUAUCCGGGGGCUUUCAAUAGCAAGCAAUCCAGAAUCACCGAUUGUUUUCCUUGUGCUUGAAAAAUCAACUGGUUCGGUGAAAAGUGACCUCCAGCUCCUUGAAGACAUUGCUGAUCGUGCCUUGAAACAAGAAUCCAUUUUUGUAGUGGUUUCAAAAAGAUCAACUCUCGCUCUCGAUAAAUGCCCCCUUCCUGUCGGGAUUAGACUGUUUGUUUCAGCCGCCCAUUCAGAGUCCGACCUGCUUAUGGCAUGUGAAUCACUCAAGCGAGUCGCAGCAGCGAUGCUUAGGUGAGUGAUACCCAUCAUAUAUAUAUUUGUGUAUGUAUGGAUUAGUAUCUACUGUCAGUAUAGUUUUUUUUUUUUUUAACUUUGUAAACGGAGUUUGAAAAUUCAACAUGUUCUUAUAUUAUAUUUGAAAAAAAAUUAACAAAAGAGAUACAUGACAGUUUUUUAAUUCCGUUUGUAAAGCGAGAAAAACUUUACUAGCAGUGGAUAUGAUAAAUUAUCCAUUCAAGAUUUUGUUUUAAACUGCAUUGGAAGAUUUUCCUCGUGGAAUUGUUCGCUUUUCUUAAAUUUUCUCUAGCAAGAAAACAAGAUGUAAUUACAAUUUAAACGUUUAACUUUAUUUUUUAUAAUUUAAAUUAAUGUUUGUCA